AUGAGGGCCGGAGGUGCAGCAAGAGCUGCAGCAGCAGCAGCAGCAGCAGCAGCAGCACCAGCAGCAGCAGCAGCAGAGCCAGCAGCAGCAGCAGCAACGAUAGCAACAACACCAGCAACUGCAGCAACAGCAGCAGCAACGUAUGCAGCAACAGACUCAGAUACUGGGGACUCGACAGAGCCGCAGCAGCAGCAGCAGCUGCUGCUGCAGCAGCAGCUGCAGCAGCAGCAGCAGCAGCACGAGGAAGAUAUGAGAGCAGCAGCAAAACCUUUAGCUGUUGCUGAUGCCAGCAGCAGCAGCAGCAGCAGAGCCAGCAGCAGCAGCAACAACGAUAGCAACAACACCAGCAACUGCAGCAACAGCAGCAGCAACUGCAUAUGGCUUGCAGCAGCAGCAGCAGAAGGAGCAGCAGCAGCAGCAGGAACAGCAGCACACACCGCAACGGUAGCGCACGCAGCAGCAGCAGCAGCAGCAGCAGCAGCAGCAGCAGCAGCAGCGUAG